UGGCAACCUUGAAGUUGGAGGUUUUCUAUGGAAGUUAACCUCCAUCCUUACCUAACCUAAAAAGUUUUCAAAACAGUGUGUUUUGUUUAAUUAUUCAUUUGAUCUGUUUGGUUGUUUAUCAAGUAUAAAACAACAGUAAUAAUGGGAAAGCAAAGAAGAGAAAGACACAAAUUGCAUCUACCAUCACAAAAAUCUAAAAAAGCCGACGAAGAACUGGAUAAUUCUAUGGAUACAUCACCAUUACUCCCUCUAACACCACCAAAAGACAAUCUAUUCUCAGAUAUAAAAAUAGAUUUCAACAGUAUCAACAAAACUAUCCCUGAUGAUGUACAAAGCAUAAAGUCGUUCAAAUCGGUUAAAUCUGAAGCUGGAGGCAACAAAAUAUUGCCAAAAAAAGAAAAGUUGAGGUUAAGAAGGGAAAGAUUGAUGAAAAAAAUUGAUACAGUUACUCAGUUGAAAAAAGAACUGAAAUUGAGGAAGAAAAGGGAAAACACUUCAAUAAUUGGUAACACAAACCCAUUGCAUGAUGCAUUGCCCUCUUUAGAGAGUUUAUUAAAAAGUAGACCUAAUAUAAACUUUAAACCCAAAGAACCACCCAAGAAAAAAGCAAUCGACAAGGCAAGUAAAAGGAAGAAGAAUUUAAUUCAUGGAAUUGAUAUGAUUAAACAAACAUUAAGGGAUAAAAGGUUUAAUAACAAUCCUUUGGAUGCUAUAAGUAAUCAUAUCAAAGCUGUUGUCAAUUAUGAAAGAUCAAAUUUAAUCUCCAAGAAAAAAUAAAAUUGUAAUUUAAUUAUUAAAUUUAAGUUGUAAAUAAAUUUUGUUAUAUACAUAAAACUUUAUUUUAUUAAUCAUAGGUUAUGUAAUAAAACUCAAUAUAAUUAAUAAUUUUUAUUCAAAUAAAAUUUGGUAUUGAUCAUG